GUUGGUUCACUGUUCAGUGUUCGCACAAGCUGGCAAGGUGGUCGUUGUGUUGUGCGAGCAGCUUGUUGCGCACUGAUCUCUUACUCGAAAAUGCAGCCUUUAAUAGCCUCUGAUACUUUCGAUCGUCGUAAGUGCGAUUUAAAAUUGACGUGACGUUCAUCGCGUUGUUUACAAGCGAGCGAAUGAUAGGUUAAGCAAUCGCAUGCGCGCACGUACGAUAUUGACGGAGAACAGGUCAGCAAAGCAGAGUGUUGUCGAGCACGCAGGUACGUACUUGUAUAUCGGCGGCGUAGCUCUCACAUAACGGAUCCUUGAGGCACAGAGAGAGAGAGAGAGAGAGAGAGAGAGAGAGAGAGAGAGAGAGAGAAAGAAAGAGAGAAAGAGAGAAAGAGAGAAAGAGAGAAAGAGAGAGCGCCGUGCCCGUCGAGUGGAUCAGCAGAAGUAGCAAAGGAGAGAGAGAGAGGGAGCAUAGAAGAGCUACUGCGAUCGCAAGCAAUAAAAUGCGGAGGCGGAAGGAAGAAAGAAGACGGCGAAAAGCAGAACAGCAGCUGCCUUGAGGAUGAAGACGCACUUUGCCGGCAAAUGAGUACAGGGAUUGAUGGCGGCAACUGUGCUGCUGCUGCUCAGCCGAGUGCUCCUCUUCGGCAUUUUGUUUACGGAAGUCCUGAGCGCAGGCGCGUCAGCGGAUACCGGCAGCGGCGCCAGGAGGAGCGCUAGGCCGGCGCCGGCAGCCGGCGUGCCCCGGCUGGAGGUCCGGCCGCGCGGUGAGAUGCUGCUCGGGCGCCGACGCGUCGCCACGCUGAGCUGCUCCCCGAGCGGCCUGGCGCGCGUGCAGAGGGUCAGCUGGCUGCGCGAUGGCCGCGUCGCGCCGCCCUGCGGCCCUCGCCAGCGCUGCAGCCUGCGACUCGACGGUGCGCUCCGACUGGCCAGGCCUCGGCCGGGCGCCGGCGGCGCCGCCGAGUACCGUUGCGUGGCCCACACCGCCGACGGCGCCGCCCUGCGCUCUGGCCCGACCCUCGUGCGCACCGCUGAGCUGGCCGAGCACUUCGAGGAGGCGCCUCGCGAGCUGGCCGUGCACGAGGGCGAGGUGGCCCGGCUGGCUUGCCGCAUCGCCAGCGCGCCCGCCGCCGAGGUGACCUGGUUCCGGGACGGGCGCGCGCUGGCCGCGCCGGCGCCCGGCCUGGCGCUGCUGCCAGCCGCCGGCCUGCUGUUCAUCCGCGCGGCGCGGCCGUCCGACACCGGCGCCUACCGCUGCGUGGCCGCCAACCGGCCGGCCAACGCCAGCAGGAGCAGCGCGGAGGCCCGGCUGCGCGUGCUGCCGCGGCGCACCGCGCCCGGCGUGCUCUUCCCGCAGGCGGCCGCGCGCUACGAAGCGCUCAAUGCCAGCGAGCUGCUGCUGGCCUGCGCGGCCUCCGGCUACCCGCAACCCAACGCCUCCUGGACCUUCGUAGCCGCGGCGCCGGCCAGCCGGCCGGUCGCGCUGCGCUCGGCGCCCGGACUGAGCCUGCUGCGGCUGCGCAGCUUGAGACCCGAGGCCGCCGGCACCUACGUCUGCUCCGCCAGCGGCCUGGCCGCUGACGCCGCGCGCUCGCAGAACGUGACCGUGGAAGUGCUGGUGCCGCCGAGCUUCGUCAAGCGGCCGGCCAGCCAGGUGUGCCCCAACGGCAGGACGGCGCGCUUCGAGUGCCAGGCCCAGGGCCGACCCACGCCGCGCAUCUACUGGCUGAAGGACGCUACCGACAUCGCCAUCGACGGCCGGAGAACGCUCUACGUCAGGGAUUUCGGCAAGCUGGAGCUGGCCAUCUCGGCGACCGUGCCCUCGGACUCGGGCAUCUACCAGUGCGUCGCGGUCAAUGCUGCCGGCGAGGCUUGGGCCGCCGGUCGGCUACAGGUCAACGCCUCCCGCGACAGUCCUGCCGCGCCCACGCUGCUCGAGUGCCGGGCUCUGUCGCCCGCCAAGGUGUUCGUCUCCUGGCGGCUACCCGAGGUGCUGCCGCUCAGCAACGUCACUGCCUACACCAUCCACUACAGGCCCGUUGACGGCGGCAAGGAGGAGGUCUCUCCGCCCGAGCCAGGCAAUUCCACCUCCGUGCAAGUCACCAAGCACUUGCAGCCGUUUACCAACUACACUUUUUACGUGCGCCUGUGGACCAAUCGUGGUCCCAGCGACCAGUCCGCCAGCGUUACCUGCUCGACGAAAGCUAGCGUACCGAAAGCUGCUCCAAAAAUCUAUGCAAAUACGGUGAGUAGCAGCAAGCUGAAUAUUACAUGGGAGCCGCUGACUAGAAAGGAGGCGCAAGGAGUUGUAACCCAGUACAAACUUGAAUGGCGAUUCCUUCAUCAGCCAUCAGCUCGCGUUCGCCUCUUCCCAGCUAGCGUUCAACGGUACCUCUUGACGGAUUUAAUACCUGGACAACAGUACGAGCUUCGAGUUUUAGCCAGAACUGAAUUGGGUUGGCCAAAUCUUGGCGAUUCGCAGCUUGAUUGGUUGAUGGUUACGAUGCCAUCGUCAACGGAUCUUAUUGAAGCUCAAAUUUCACUUAUCAAUUCUACGACAAUUAAGAUCAAUUGGCACGUUUCAAAUUUAAUUUUUCAACUUGAAUCCUGGAAUGUUAAACUGAAAAAUGACGACACUUUUGUAGUUAUUGCAGCAGCUCAUUUGACGAAAGAUGCCAACGAGUACGAAUUUACAAAUCUUGAGCCGAAGGCGAGAUAUAUAAUUGAAUUGUGUGCUCUCAAUACGUACGCGGAAAACGUCAAUUGCAUCAGAAAAAUAGCAGAUUUGCAAAAGGUUACAAUGAGCAAUGCACCUACAGCACUAGAAGCAAUUCCGUUAUCUGCAAAUUCAAUUAGUCUAUCUUGGGUAUCGAAAAGUAUCAAUGGAUCGUUUGAAAUUUGUUACAACUCUGUGCACUUAUUGAACGAAUCGAUUAUAUGUAUUCUUGUCAAUAACACUCAAAUUGAUAUAAAAAAUUUGAAGCCAUUUACGCUAUACCAAUUUAAAGUGAAAGCUUUGAACAACAGUGUGGAUAAUGAUGAUGACAGUGCAAGUAUCGAGUGCUAUACCAACGAAGAUGUUCCAGGCAAAGUUGAAGAUGUCGAAUGGUUUUUCAUAAACAGUACGUUGGUGCGGCUAGCGUGGAAAGAACCGAAAACUGUUAAUGGUAUCAUUCAGAGGUAUUAUGUGGCCUAUUCGAUGGACGACAAUACCUACGAACCAAAAUCAGCUUGGAACAAUGUGACGGUAUUUGGCAACAAGACGUCUAUCAGCUUGCCAACUUUAGUGCCUGGAAAGCGUUAUUUCGUUGUGAUCCAGGCUGCGACAAAAGCCGGUACUGGUAAUCCGUCUGAACCAAUUAUCAUUGUGACUGCUGGCGGUAAUUCUCUUGAUGUAGCCGGUUCGCUAGAUGAGACGAAAUCUCUUCCAAAAAUUAGAGAGUAUAGGAAAUUCGGAAUAAUUCUAGGAAUAGGCAUCAGCAUUAUAAGUAUCUUGGUGUGUUUAUGCAGCAUGUAUUGCCGUAGGAGAUAUGAAAAUAUGAGAUCAGUUCGUGAGAGCGCUCAACCCUUGAAAAGCCGCGUUUUAACAACAAGGAAUGGCAUUUCUCAACCUGCUACUGCCAUAAUGAGCAGUGAAAUCGAGCUUGCGGUAUUGUUUCCUUCCACACCGAUAUCUACGAAUCCUUUGUGUGAUACCAAGGGGAGCGACCAUGCAAACGGUAUCUUGGAAUCAAAAGAGCCCCUUUUGUCGCCGUGGGAGAUGAAUGGAAUAAUAAAAGAUGUUCGUAUCACGGAGAAUCCACAGCAGCAGCACGAGCAUUCAAGAGAUUUGAAUAGUACGCAGCUAACAACUAUCGGUAAUGAUUUUGCCGGAAGUUUUGAAUCAAAUCUGAACAACAAUUUGGGUAAUUGUGAGUCAGCUGGCGAGGUCCUGGCUGCAAAAACUGUCCCUACAUUUGUUCCCAUGCUCGGCCCAAAUGGUUGAAGCAAAACAGUUCCUGUGAGCCAGAAGACUACCCAUGGGGAAACGUAAAGUAUACGUGGGUUAUUAAAUCUUUAUCUACCAACUAGUUGUUGGUACUUCCUAUUAUACAUACACGCGCGCGCGAGCGCACUGUCUGCCUGUGUGUGUGUGUGUGUCUGUCUGUCACACACACACACACAUACACACUCACACUCACAGAGAUGAACGUAAUUUUUAAGUUUUGAAUCAGAUGGUAACAUUCAGUGCAAAUGAGAAUCAUAUGAGAUUAUCAAAAAAUAGAAGAUGCGAGAGAGAAACUGCCGGAGACCAAUUUUGAUAUACGUGGUUAUUCUAUAACUUCCGGCUCUCUUCUGCUUAUUACGGAGAAAAUUACGUAUUUUAUUUUUUUUUCUUAUUGCAGUUUUAUAUGCGAGUUUAUUAAUGAUGACUGAUAUUUUGUACAGCGAUGCUUAUAGUAUAUACCUUCUAAUGCACAUCAGCAUACUCUCUUUAAUUGAGAAUAAUUACUGAUAGAUCAGACCGCAUUUAAAUAGGAUGAAUUCUGACUGAAAGCUUUAGCAAGAACCCAUACAAAAACAACCAGAGGUUAUCUUAAUCGAAUUAAUAUACCCGUGGUAUUCCUACAAACAAAUCAAUUACAUGUUUAAAUAGAACAGUAAUAGUAUUUAUGACAUGAUUGAUGGUCAAAUAAUUCCUAUUUUUAACGUUUUUAUACAUCGUUAUUAUUAAGCACACAUCAGACGAAUUGUUAAAUCUCGACUAUGUACUAAUGUUUUGAGUUUUUAAGAUCUUGGAGGCUAUAUUUUACAUAUAAAUGAUACAUUAUUUUUUUUAUUUUUAUUUUUACUAAUAUUAUUUUUAUCUAAGGAAUCUAACAUAUUAUAUUUGUUACUGUUUGUGUUGCUGAAUAGACACCAAUUUGUAUAGUCAGCGAGUAGCUUCCGCUUUCUCUCGUCUCAACUUGUUUCAAACUCUAUUUGACUGACAACGGACAACCGACAUUAGUUAAAGUAAGCAAAUCAUGAAGUCGAAAUUUUCAUCUUUCUUUAUUUACCGCAGACUUCGGUGCAUGUUACCAUGACAAAAAAAAAUACAGUACCUGAUAGACUAAGUUAUGCCGGUUAGAGUAAGACAUAGGUAUCUCAGUGUUAUUACUUCCUUCAUAAAUCAUUAUUUUUCGUUACUCGCAUUAGGCAUUGCAAUCUUUUCCAAUUGUUUUGGUUACAAUGCAAUAGUAUAUAAGGUUCGAAUGAAAAAUUCGUGUUUUCAUUAACAAACUGCUUAAUACACGAGAUUUUUUUCAAAUGCUGCAAGCUCUUCUCUCACAGAUGAAAUGUGAUCGAAGAGAAGUUGAGCAUACAGAUAAUAUUUCGCUGAAUGCGUCUCAAAAGACUGUAAAUAUGUAUUAUAGCUUCCAGUUAAAGAUGUCCUUGGUUCAAGCGACUCGAAAUUCUUAACCAAGGCAUUAAGAUGCAUCAGAUAUACUUGUAUCAAAAAUUAUUGAUGUACACUGUAAAUUUCUAGUGCAGUCGAAAGUAUUUUAUUUUUAAAUAUUAAAUUGAACAUACUUGAUUUGUUAUAAGAAAUAAUAAUGUUUUCAGGGGAUAGCUUUAUUUCAGAACUAUCAUCUGUAACUGAUUUUUAUGAGUAAUAUAAACAAUAUCGAUAAUGGCAUAAAUAAAUACUUUACUGCCUCAAAAUGUUCAAAGCUAAAAUCCAAGAAAUACAAUUCAAAUUAAAAAAUAGGCAUAGGCUUUUUUACAAGUAAUCGUAAAAUAAUCACUUGAUAAUUUUUUUAUUCGUGAUUUAAUAUUGUAUUUCCAGAACGUACCCUACAGUAUUCGUAAUAUUUUAUUCGAUCCCAAAUACAUAGACGUGUGUUAAUAUACGUGAAAGUUGCUUACAUCCGACAUUUUUUUAUACGUUGUUGUGAAAACUAGAUCAAGAGUUGAAAGAUAUUUAUGUACCCAUUUUAUGUAAAUUUUUACACUAAAUAUCAUUUUAUUGGUUGUUAUGUAUAGAAAUAGAUUUUUUCUAUGUGAAUAAUUUUUUUAAUAGUACAUUAACUUAAAGUACGUUAAUUAUAAAAUGGAUUUCUUUGGUAAAAUGUACUCCAACUAAGUUAUGAGAUUCUUUGUGUUUCAGUUCUGAAAAGUUCUAUAGUACAACAAAUAAUAAAGAGUAAUUAGUGUUAUACAAAAGUUCAAACUCUAUGAUGCUUUAUUUCGGAACCAACGAUCAAAUGAAAAAAACAAAAAGAGAUAAAUAAAAAAUCGAAAGAUACAAAAAGUAAUACGUACCUGAAUCGUACAACAAUAGAUCUUUAAAAAAAGUGACGAUUAAUUGUUGAACCGCGUAGUAACGAGUAGUGGAGCUUUUCGAUGCUAAGACUUUUAAGAGAUUUCACAAACAAAAAAACAAACAAAAAUAAAAAUAAAAAAAACAAGUAUAAAACGCUGUUCACCUAUUCGUAUAUUAUGUUAAAAGUUGAUUAUAAAAAUUUUUUAAAUUUAAGCGAUGUAUAUGCCUGUACUAAACUACUCGGCAAGAAAAGUCUCAGAUGUAAAAGUGAAAAACAAUAAAAUUAUUUUAUAUAAGAUACUUCGUUCUAAAAUUAUAAGUAAGAUGUCGCAAAUUGUAAAAAUAAUAGUUUUUUAUUUAUAAUAAUGUAAUGUCUAAAUCUGUUAGCUUAAGAGAUCGUAAAAAAAAGAGUCUAUGCUGUAUAAGACUUUUCUUCCUGAGAAUCAGAGUAGAUGUGAAAGAAAUUGAUAGCAUUAUAAUGUUAUCAAUUGUCAACAGACUUUUCCAAAAAAGGAAAAAAAUUACUAGUAGGUCGCCGUGCUAUUGCAUUAAGAACAGAAAAAUAACAAAAAAAGCAGAGAAAAAACUCAAGUACAGAGCAAUAACACCCUAAUUAAAACCCCCAUCGAUAUCCGCAGAUAUAUAGUCAAUAGAAAGUAUUCGUCGCAUCCUUGCUCCGAUCGUUUGGCUAAAAUAUAAAAGGUGCUAGAAAAAAUUAUCUUCAACGUGUUUAGAUUUACAAUGAAAAAUAAAAAUGUUAUGGCACCUCAUAACCAAGCUAACCUGAGGAACACCAUUAAUUUUUUAAUUUUUUUAUGAAAAAAUCACUACUCAAAACAUUUCAAAAUUGAUUAGUUGUAAUCUAGAUAUAAAUAUUUAUCGAUGAUAAUUUUUUUCGAGAACCUUUGAUUUUUAUUUUAGGCAAACGAUUACAGGGAAAUAGAGACGAAAUUUCUCUAUUGACUGAAUAUCUAUAGAUAUCGAUGGAAAGGACCUUAACCCUUUUCCUCCCAAAUAACACAAAUUUUUUCUUAACUUUCAUCCUCAUAUCUUUUAAUGAAAAAAUCGUAUGAAAAAUUUAUCAAGCAUCAUAUCUUGUAGAUUUUGACCUCUUUCGAAUGCCGUUGACAAAAUUUACCUAAAUUGUAAGCCGGAAACGUUAUAGGCCGGUUUUCCGGAAAAUUCACAAAUUUUUCGCGUUUUUUUUUAAAAAAAGUAUAUUUUGAAAUGGAAAAAGUUUGCACACACCAUUGGAAACACUGUUAUCGGUGUUAUAGAUGUCUUUUCUUUCAAAUGCCGUUGGAUUUUUUCCGAAAUUUAAAAUGGCGAACACAAAAUGGCGUUCGAAAGGAAAAAUUUUUUUUUUAAACUUGACGAAUUUUUUCCUCCAAAACUAUCAAGUUUAGUGAAAAAUUUCUAAGAACAAAAAUGUCUUGAAAUUAGUCAAGAAAUACUCUCAAAUUUUUUCAGAUUUUUUUACAGCGAAUUCGGAAAUUUCGAUUUUCCGAUUUUCCACGAAUUCGAAAAUUAACUCUCUCGCCUAAAGUCCUAUCGCGUCACAAUCAGGAAAAUCGACUUUUAGCGAGGGUAGAAAAAAAAAUAAUUGUUAGACUUGAAAUUUUUUUAAUUUUGUGAAACCAAAUUGAAAAAAAUGUAUACUAAGAAUAAAAUUGAUUAAUUUUUUACUCAAAAACUAUUGACUCAAUAAAAAAAUUCAUAAUAACAAAAGAGUCUUAAAAUUUACCAAGGAGUACUCUCAAUUUUUUUCAGAAUUUUCCGAGUUAAUUUUCGAAUUCGCGGAAAAUCGAAAUUUCCAAAUUCGCUGUAAAAAAAUCUGGAAAAAUUUGAAAGUAUUUCUUGACUAAUUUUAAGACAUUUUUGUUCUUAGAAAUUUUUCAC